AGGCCAACUGCUCCAUACACUUGCCCCGGGCACUUGUAAAAACAAACACAUAAUUCUGUCUUUCCAUCUCUCUCUCUCUUGCUCUCGUUCUCUCUGUGUCUCCUUCUCACCCUCUCUCUCCCUCUCUCUCUCUCUCUCUCUCUCUCUCUCUCUCUCUCUCUCUCUCUCUCUCUCUCUCACUCUCUUUCUCUCUUGUCAGUGUGAUCAAUUUCUUUGACUUCCUCCUUUUGGAGCGGCUGGGCUGAAUACCAGAACACAGGAUAUGCUUUGCGCUGCUCUCAGUUUCACAGCAGCAGCAGCAGAAGAGGCAGAGGCAGAGGCAGCACUAACAGCAUUACUAGCAGCAGCAGCAGCUGAGAGAGAGGACAGCACACACUGCAGUCAAGAUGAGUGCUGGGGAUGUGGUCUGCUUCGGCUGGCUCAUUAAAUCCCCCCCAGAGAAGAAGCUGAAGAGAUUUGUGAGUAGGAGUACACGCUGGACGCUUGUUUGUGUCCUCUGCCAGCUAGAAGGAAAGCCGGGUUGUGCUGUUGAGGCUUGUGUUUGCGUGCAGAUGUGAGUGUAUGUGUGUUUGUGUAUGUGUGUGUGUGUGUUAUGACGUGGAAUGAUGAUUUACAAAGAUAACGUGGGUUGUGUGUGCUGCUGUUAAACUGGGCUGCUAUUCAGUCUCCUUGUUUUAUCUUCCUCAUUUCUCUAACAACACCUUACUUUGGUUUCCUGGCUUGUGGAUACACUCUGAUGUGUCUCAUAUUGGAACAUUGUGUUGAUAAUAGUAUAUUAAUAACUGCAGAUGUACUUCACAUAGAGAUCGAAAUAUGUAGUUUCUUAACGUGAACAGCACACAAGCGUCAAUAUUUUGUGGUUGUUGGGAUCAUGUGAUAACGCUGGGCCAGCCACUCACUCUGCUGUGUGUGUGUGUGUGUGUGUGUGUGUGUGUGUGUGUGUGUGUGUGUGUGUGUGUGUGUGUGUGUGUGUGUGUGUGUGUGUGUGUGUGUGUUUGUGUGCAAAAUUGUGAAACAUGGGAAGUAAUGUCAGAGGCAGCCAGACACUCAAGACUUAAGUGACAAGCAGAAAUAGUCUGGCUUUAUGAUGGCUGUUUCAUGCACUUCCUCUGUACCAGUGGUGGUGGAGGUGGAGGAGUAGGAGAAGGAGAAGAAGGGGGAGGAGGACAUGGGUCAUUAUUUGUCAACAGCAGUGCAGGGGAAAGGUGGGUGGAGGAGCGUAUGUGUUUUGAUGGGGUUUGGAGCGGGAAACAAACUUAUUUUAAGAUAAUAUGCAAAUCCUGACUCCAGAGAGAAAAGUAAACAGAUGUUGUUAAGACUGUUGUGCAGACCGAAACACUGUCAGGCUUAAUAGUCAAAUAUCAAGUAACUGACACACAACCGUAUGAAAAUGUAGUGUCACUCACUCUAACUUAUCUUGGGAUGUUGUUUUGCAGCUGCAGGUCCUUGGCUUUACAUUCAGUGGUAUCCAUAUUGAAUCUUGUACUACAGCACGGGAGUGUUUUAUUUGGCACUUUACUGAAGAAAAGAGUUGACUACAUACAGAGAGGGCAAUCCUUCCUGAUGUGGAACAAGUGCUGAUGUUUAAUCCUCCCUCAGCUUUGAAUUUCUAGGACGCUGGUUUAACUCAGUUGAAAGAGCAGGUGCCCCUGGUACAGAUGUUACAUUCUUGGUCAUACUGGUCAUAGGAUCGAUUCUUGGUCCCGGCAGGAGUCAGUGUUCGCCACUUCCCCCUAUCUCCCUGUAUUUCUUGACUCUCUAAAGUUGUCCUUUAAAAAUAAAAGUAAAAAGCCCUCAAAAAUCACCCCUUGAAAAAAGUGUAUUUAGUGUUUGUCUGCAGUGUCCAGCUUAUAGACUACACAUGGACAGAACAACAGCUAUCCUGACUUUUAGAGCUCACUCUGGUGACUGGCUGCAGUAGCCUAUCAGCUGUAAAACCUACUUUCUCCAUUAUAACAGAUGGAACAUGAGUCAAACUAGAAAUUUCAAAUACACAGCAAAAAUAUUUGCUCAAACAUCCUCUUCUGUCAUUAUAAUUAGUUCUUAUCAUAAUGAUAUCAAAAAGAUGAUGUAUCGAUUGAUUAACUGACAGCUCUGUCGUCAAAUGCGAACUCCUGCCGAGAGAGGAACAGAGAGAAAAAAGGCAUCAAACACGCACAAAAGAGUCACUGAACUCUCCACGGACAUGAGUGUCCCCUUCAGAGGAACACAAGAAUCUGUUCUGCUGUGGACUGUGAUGACCUGAUGGAUCUUUGCUGUUUUAUCGCUAAGUUUCCUGCAUGUUUUGGUCAGUUGAAGGUGUGUGGCCUCAGAUCCGCAGCUCAACCGGCGCAAUAUGUCAGCGCCCAUAGAAGCAGUAUGGUGGCUUCACUUCUCAUAAUAAGAGCAGAUAGUGGUCCAGACACAACAAUGUGCAUGGGGGUUAACCUUCACUGAACUGCGCUUAUUUCUUGUAUUUAAAUGGAACACAGUUACACCAUACCUAUAUCUGUUAUACAAUCAUAUAAACAUACCAAACCACAAGUUUUCAUCAUGUCACUCAGAUAUUGCAGCGAUAUGACAAUCUGGGUCGUCACAGUGUUAAAUAACAGUUUGACAUGGUGGUUUCUACAGAAUUUCACUAACCUCAAAAAUAUUUAUAUCUAAAAAACAGCCACAUCCAGAUCAAUUGAUAGACUGAUUUAUUGAUGCAACGUUUCCUCAUCCAGGCAGUUAAGACUCUAAAGUGGAGGACAGACACGUGUACUAUGUGGUGUUACAGCUCUCUGCACUCAGACAUCUGAAACUCAAACAAGGGUCAGUGUAAGCUUUUUACCCACACAUGCAUGGAUUUGAGAUGCACAUAUGUCAAAUUAGGAAUCCCACACGUGUAAGUAUGAAAAAGAAUCAAAGUUAAAUUUUCUUUAGCUGCCUCAGUCUAUACUCUUCAUGCUGACUCACUGUCAUGCUGUCCCGGCAGCUUUGGACACUUUCAUGAAAACAAACCGUUGUUAAAGCAAUUAGUAACACUUGGGCUUCUCCUUCAAUGACAAGUCAGGGUGUGUGGAAAAAGACCUUUUAUUGUCCUCCUGGGUUGAAUAAGGUUUGCCAGUUGUCAUCACUUCUGAGCUCCUGCUUUCAUGUGACCAAAAUUAGGUGACAUAACAAACCAUCAAACUCCUUCUUCUGGGAGGACCAUGAGAAGUGGUUAAAAGAUCGAAAUGAGCUCAUAAGUUAAGUUUUUUGUUUUUUUUCUCAUCUGAAUGCUGCUCUCUUGUUGGUUAUGUAUAAUAUUCAAAGAAAAGAUAAUCAGUGGACUUCCAUUCAAACAGUAGACCCUUCUCAUACUCUCUGGGUUGAAUUGUUAUUUUUGUCUGAAGAAAAGACAAAAUACUUCAAACCACAAAUCUGCCUCUACCUUCCUCUUCAGGAUUCAUCUGAAUUUACUUAACAAUGUGAUUUUGGAUCAAUAUUACGUAUUCACUGACGUCUCUGGGAACAAAAUGUCAUUCUUUUAGUUAUGGUUUCCUCUAAAAUGUUGCACUGACAUUGGCCGUAAAUGUGGUGUUUCUAUUUCCUGGUAAAGACAAGCUAGAAACAAACUGGAGCAAAAAAAAACCUCACAGGGUGGGACAGACUGUGUCUCCACCCUGAUGAUGCACAAAAAGCCACAAACCAAGUGUGAAACCUGCAGGAACAUUUAUGCAUUGCUCCUGUAAAGAAGCUUAUUUGAUCUUAGCUAUUUUUUGAAUAUGAAGUAUGACACCCACACUAGCCAGCUGCCUUGCACCCUCUUUGUUGAAAGGCUGAGUUGUUACAUAUUAUGAGUGGACUUUUAGAGCUAUAAAUAUCUGUAUAACAGUUUCAAUGUGAAGUUUUCAGUAAACCCGCAGUAGAAAGAAGUGACCCAGAGCUGUUUAAAUACCUCUUUUGUUGUUGUGUUAGACAUUUUCUGUUAAAUACAGUGAACUUCCUCUUUUCUGUACUUCUGGGAAACUUGGGUUAAAGUUCCGCUUUAGACCAUAUCAAAAGCUUAAAAAAAAUAGGCUUAAAGUUGCAAAGUUGGCUGUUGUAAAUAGCAGGAACUAUGAGCUCAUUCCCGUGACUAUGAUAACGAUGAUAACUGAGGAAAGAUGUUAAUGUUCCAAUUUUUCAGGAAGAAAGCCUUAAAUUUCGCUCCAAAAUGAACUUUUUGUGACUAUCUCCCGCAGGCCUGGAGGAAACGGUGGUUCGUGCUGCGAAGAGGUCGCAUGAGUGGUGAUCCUGAUGUGCUGGAGUACUACCAGAGCAAGAACUCCAAAAAGCCGAUCCGCACCAUCGACCUGAAAGAGUGCGAGGUGGAGAUGCUAAAUGGGCAGCUACGGAUUAAACGGGACUUUCAUGGAAAGCACCUCUUCCUGGUGAAGACCUCAUCUCGUGUUUUCUACCUGGUUGCAAAAACUGAAGAGGAGAUGAACAGCUGGAUCAGCAGCAUCAGUCAGAUCUGUCAGUUUGGAAAUCUGGAGGAAGCAGGUACACACACAGAAAGAUUUUUAAUGUUGAAUUCAUAAUUUGGUCCAAAGUUUAUCUGCUAUUGACAGCAAUUUAGAAUUAACUUCACAUAAAAAAAAAGGCUUCAACUUGAAGGUGCAAUGAAGAAAGUUCACACGUUGGUCCACAUGAAAUUGGUGUCACACGUCACCACACAGGAAGUGGUGAACUCAAAAGAUCUCACUUGAGGAGAAUGAGGACAAAACAAAGUGUUUAUUUAGUGCUGCUUGGUUUCUGGUAAGAGCCAAUGGUCCAGAGGUUAGUUUACGGAUUUAUGGUGUAACAUUUCAGUCAAUCCUUCAGAUUUCUAACUCGUUUACCGAUAUAUAGUCGUAUCAGAAAAUUGUGGUUAAAACGAAUUUGAUAAGAAUCAGGUCUGGUUGUGGUUUGACAGCAGCAGCAAAAACAAGUUAACGCUCUGAAUUGUUUUAAUGGUGCAGCGACUCUCCAGGAAUGGGAUUAAAUGUAGACCUAGUAUAUAUAGACGUGACUUUUUAAAAAACAAAAUGUGGCCUCUCAUUUUAUUGUGAGUCAGACCAUGUCCAGAGGAUGUUUCCGUCUGUUUUAAUUGUUAUUGUGUCUACUUGCUUGCCACACAGUGUACUGCUGCAGCUGUAUUAAAGGAGAUAACUAGAGGCAUCCCCAGGAAGUCUGGGCCCAUCCACCACGGCUAAGAUACUUUAACCACACGUUCAUUGCACUUAUAAGUAGGCCAAAACAGUUAUCACCAUCAUUGUUAUCAAUACUGAGAUCAAGGUUAUUAGUCAUCAUUAUUCAUCAAUUUUACUGAGAGCUUUUCUCCUGUUUCAACAUAAAUGCAUCUGUGGGUCAAACACAGCAUUGGAGCUUUUCAGAAGGACUCAGUCGAUAAUAUAGUUGAACAAAGUUGAGCAUAAACAUUGUGAAUGCUGUACCUUUCAUCCUCACUCCGUCCCUCUGAAGCUGGAGUCAAUAAUAGAAAGAGAAGAUAAAGGGAAAAUAUGUCAUAUUUCUCAAUAACAUCUGAUCUCAUACUUAUUUUUACACACGACAAACAUUUCAAACUCAAAAUACGCACAGGAAGGUACCGAGAAGUAAUCUCUAUUUCAGUCACAAUAAGGAAAGAGACUGAUUCAUGGUCCCUGCUCAACUGGCCUCGAAGUCACAAAAGAAAUGUGUUGUAUCCAGAACAUUUCAUAUCCACGUGGGGUGGCUCCUGCUGCGUUUGAGAACUUUCUUGCUCCACAUGGAAAGGCCCAUCAUUUGAACACAAAACCUGCUUCCUGUGAAGCACCAGUGCAAGCCAUCACAGCUCUGCGGGGCUUUUUCCUUAAGGUUUAUCUGCUCUGUAAAACUUUAUGUAAAUUCAGAGACAUUGUCCAGACUACAGUGUGUGGAAUCCAGGAUUUUUGACCUCCACACAGGAGGUGGGAUUCAAUCCUGGUACCACCAAGUUGCAAGGCAUUGGUGCUGAACACUGCUCCAAAGUGCCACUCUGCAGGGCUUUCUAUUUUAGAAAAGUCUUCCUCCAGGACAAAGAGUAAAAGCAUGAUCUGUAUUACAGUGUGCAGAACCUUGAGCAACUUGUUUCCCAGAUUAUGCUCGCUUUGAAACAUCACAUCUAACCUCUACUAACACUAACACGCUGCUUUACAAGGCUUUCUUGUGUAGGUUCAUCUACUCUCAGGAACAUUUUGCUGAUUUAAAAUCUUUCUCCAUUCUCCAUCGGGACCAAGAACAUUCACUGAAAGGCCGCUUCAGCAACUUAGAGCGAUGACUUUAAUACAUGUCUUCUGUGUGACGGAGUUAGAGCAGCCACACAAGGUUGCCGAAAUGCUUCCUGCACCUAACAGAAAGUCAUUUAAGAAGAGACUGAAAGAACUUGGAAGAAGUGUCAGUGUUACCAUGCACUGGUUUCUGAAAAGGUCCAAAGACGCUGGUCCCCGUACCAGGAAGGCUCUUUGGUUUACAGUAUAUCUGCCAACUGCAUGAGACAUGUUUGCCUUAACUAGCAUUGUCUCCUUGCUUGUCACUUGUUGGCAUAGAUUGAAGGGUCAUCCAUCCCACUUUAACAGUUUGCCAUUAGUGACUCUGACACAGUGGUGGAGAAAAGCAUUCACUGAGGGAUGCUGCCUGCCUAGUGAGUAUUGCUAGUAUCCCAGAAUGCUUUGAGCAGUGAAUGGGUAGGACUCUCUAACUGUGUCAGUUCGCUUACAGUAGGCACACACACCAAAAGAAAUGUGCAGAGAGGUGGAGCAAAAAUGCACUCACCGGUCAGCUGAAUCAUUUGUGGUUGUGCAAAGCAUGUAUAUAAAUGAAGGCACACAUGUUUAAUUAUAUUGCAAAGUCGUAUUCAAAAUACCAACACUGUGAUGCAGAUUAUUGCUAUAGUUUUAAAGUUGUGAUGCUUCAAUUGAGGUUUUUUUUUUUUUGGCAGCAAGAGGCCUGGAGGCAGAUCUUUCAGGGAUCUCAAAAGAGUUUUGUAAGAUGGCACUUGGCAACUUUUGUAAUGGAUCAUAAAAUGUUGUUCAACACCCACAAGAGAAGACACAAGUCCUUUAGGGGUAACAAAUGUUUUAUGAGGACAAGUAAAGUCUUUUAGGUUUUCUCUCCCCGUACAUGGUUCGGCAGGCAAAGCCUUGACUCUGUGGCCUUGAGAGAAAUGGAAUGAUACAAAUUUCUGAGCGAAGGCCAAUCUGACUGACGGACUGAAGAAUAUGUUAAAAGAAAAAAAAAAGAGAGCUGAGUUCACACGCAUUUUCUUUCCUUGCAAAAACAUACACAUUUUUUCUCAUGGUUCACCUGCUCUUUCUACAUUUGCUGUGAGAAAUAUAUGUGUUUGUGUUCGUUGUCAGCAAGAUGUGAGUUUUCUUCUGAAGUGGUUGUAACAUUUCAGACAUCGUAACUCUCUGUUCCCCUCUGCCUGUUCUGAACAGAGAGCUCAGAGGAAGGCUUCCCUCACACUCCCACCUCCCUCCAGCCAUCCCCUGACAGCUCUGACCGAACGUCUGUAUCCAGCCAGCUUGAUUCCAGUCAUCCACUCGACUAUCUGUUUCUCUCUCAGUGUGAGACAGGGAGUGUAAGCACUAGUAGGUAUGUACAAUCUUUGAAACAAUCUGGGGAAUUUUUUUAACUAAAGCCAAAAAAAAUGUAGAAACAGCCUGUGUGUAAGAAUGAUUUUUUUCAUAUUUCUUUCUCUUUUUGUAGGCUUGACAGCUUCUCAAACUCUGAGGUCUCUCUGGAGCAGAAAUCAUUAGAUGAUGUGGUCAAAGACAUCCCUUCACCUCAGUUUACUGAUUCGUCUUCAUCCUCCAUCUCUCAUGCGCCAAGCCCCAGUUUAUCCGUCUUCCCCAAUGGCAGAUUGACUAACCCUCCUUUCAGCGCUCCAUGCACCUCUUUUGCUCUACCGUCUUCCUCCUCCUCUCCUCUCCCGCACUGUGCCACGAGUGUCUUCCAGUUUGACAAACUUUACUCCUCGGCAUCAUUCGAGGCAGCAAGCGACACACAAACACCUCCUCCACUGCCACCAAAACCCAACCACUUGUCAGAGCAGCUAAGUGAUGAAGGAGCAAAUAGGCUUAGGGCCAUGACUACACGGCAUUUCUCAAGUCACGGUGCUUUGUUCCCCAGGAGGACGUCUCUGUCAAGCCUGGACCAUUUCAGAAUAGGUAAGGCAGCAGUCUCACAGCAGACCUAUGCACAAUACAAAAAGGGAGAGAUUGACCCCAAAAUAAUGAAUCCUGGUGCUUCUACUGCAUUUUAACAAUAGAUGACCACCAGAGAAUAUGAGCUGAUACUGUGUUUCUGUUUCAGGAGAUGGUGACAUGAGAAUGAUGAGGAGACAGAGUCUUAAUUUGGUAAGAGGAUCAUUUAGUAAGGUCUUGUUCAACCUUAACUUCUCUACUGCUUAGGUUUUUUUUUUAAAAAAGGGAACAAAAUGAUCAAAAUAGCUACUGUACUGUAGGCCUCCUAAGACACCAGGAGGCCUUCUUUUUUCACUUAGCAAGUAAACAAAAGUUGAGAGCAUGUAUAUAAACAAGAAACGUCCACACCAAGCCACAGUAAAAUUUAUUUUCAUUGCAUAGAUUUUAUUGAUUUUCUUCAUAACCAUUAGGGGUGGGAGAAAAAAAUCAAUACAGCAUAGUAUUGCAAUAUUCUGUCUGGUGAUGUAUUGUAUCGUCACAUUUACCAAGUAUCGAUUUUUUCAAAUUACUUGCUUGUAAUAAGUAUGAUGAUAAUAUCGUAUCAUGGGGCCACUGGUGAGUCACACCCCUAAUAACCAUAAACAAACAAACAAAUGCUCUGCAUUCACAGAUAUCAAAACACAGCAAAUAUAUACAUAUACAUAUGAAUACUUAUAAGUGAUAUCAUCAGUCAUCAGAUUUCAUAUCGCGCUUUAUCAGUGACCCUCAAAGCACUUUACAUUGGCUACAUCAUUCAUUCACUCACAGACACACAGUCAUACCCUGGUGGUGGUGAAAUACCUUUGUAAUCACAGCUUUCCUGGGACAGACUGACGAAAAUGUGUCUGCCAAUCUGCGCCUAUGGCCUCUUUAACCACCACAGACAACACUUACAAUCAUACACUAGUGGAGGACACACACUAGGAGCAUGGUGGGUUACGUUUCUUGCCUAAGGACACAACGGACAGACUAGGGAUAGGGGGGAAUUGAACCACCAACCUUCCAGUUGAUGGACGACUGCUCUACCCCCUGAGCUACUGCCACCCCAUAUAUGUAUUUGUAUACAAACACACACAUAUAUUCACACACACAUAUAUACAUACACUCACCGGCCACUUUAUUAGGUACACCAUGCUAGUAACGGGUUGGACCCCCUUUUGCCUUCAGAACUGCCUCAAUUCUUUGUGGCAUAGAUUCAACAAGGUGCUGGAAGCAUUCCUCAGAGAGCUUGGUCCAUAUUGACAUGAUGGCAUCACACAGUUGCCGCAGAUUUGUCGGCUGCACAUCCAUGAUGCGAAUCUCCCGUUCCACCACAUCCCAAAGAUGCUCUAUUGGAUUGAGAUCUGGUGACUGUGGAGGCCAUUUGAGUACAGUGAACUCAUUGUCAUGUUCAAGAAACCAGUCUGAGAUGAUUCCAGCUUUAUGACAUGGCGCAUUCUCCUGCUGAAAGUAGCCAUCAGAAGUUGGGUACAUUGUGGUCAUAAAGGGAUGGACAUGGUCAGCAACAAUACUCAGGUAGGCUGUGGCGUUGCAACGAUGCUCAAUUGGUACCAAGGGGCCCAAAGAGUGCCAAGAAAAUAUUCCCCACACCAUGACACCACCACCACCAGCCUGAACCGUUGAUACAAGGCAGGAUGGAUCCAUGCUUUCAUGUUGUUGACGCCAAAUUCUGACCCUACCAUCCGAAUGUCGCAGCAGAAAUCGAGACUCUUCAGACCAGGCAACAUUUUUCCAAUCUUCUAUUGUCCAAUUUCGAUGAGCUUGUGCAAAUUGUAGCCUCAGUUUCCUGUUCUUAGCUGAAAGGAGUGGCACCCGGCGUGGUCUUCUGCUGCUGUAGCCCAUCUGCCUCAAAGUUCGACGUACUGUGCGUUCAGAGAUGCUCUUCUGCAUACCUUGGUUGUAACGGGUGGUUAUUUGAGUCACUGUUGCAUUUCUAUCAGCUCGAACCAGUCUGGCCAUUCUCCUCUGACCUCUGGCAUCAACAAGGCAUUUCUGCCCACAGAACUGCCGCUCACUGGAUAUUUUUUCUUUUUCGGACCAUUCUCUGUAAACCCUAGAGAUGGUUGUGCGUGAAAAUCCCAGUAGAUCAGCAGUUUCUGAAAUACUCAGACCAGCCCUUCUGGCACCAACAACCAUGCCACGUUCAAAGUCACUCAAAUCACCUUUCUUCCCCAUACUGAUGCUCGGUUUGAACUGCAGGAGAUUGUCUUGACCAUGUCUACAUGCCUAAAUGCACUAAGUUGCCGCCAUGUGAUUGGCUGAUUAGAAAUUAAGUGUUAACGAGCAGUUGGACAGGUGUACCUAAUAAAGUGGCCGGUGAGUGUACAUGUACACAUAUCCAAGAUAUAAUGGCUUCAUGUAGCCCGGGACCAUCACCCCCUUUCAUUCCUGCAGUAAGUCUUUAAGGGGUAAAACUAUAUGUGUCCUGCUACCGUUCUGCAACAGUGGGAGGUUCAUCACUCAUCCAAUGUUUUAAAAUACAUCUCCUAGCCAGAAACAGAAGUUUGUCACAAAGUCUGAAAUGAGACUCUUAGAUAAUGUUUUUGAAGGCAAGCCUGAUAUGAGGAGACCUGAAUCCUUUAAGUGAGAGGAUUUUACAGUUCCUGGGCUACAUUGCUCCAAACCCUUGAAAUUGAAAGGCAAUCCCAGAAACAGUGAAUGUAUAUCCCAACAGUUAUUUUACAUUUACUGCACAAAGGAGAGGUCUAGUUAUCCGUCUUAUCAAGAAUAGAUGGUGUUAUGUGGGAUCUAUGAAGUAUCUUAGCCCCUGUGAAUUCUUAACUUGAACUUCAAUCACAGUUUGGUCUGAUCUCACGAUGCUUUAUCUUUCAACAGCCUUGUUUAAACACCGUUCGAGUUCAAAGCUGUGAGGAUGAGUCAUAUGUACCCAUGGCUUCCCCUUCUCCCCCUGCUACCGCCACCGAAUGUGAUGGUUACAUCCCCAUGAGCCCCAGGGCAUUCAGCUUCCUCAACGCAAACAGCAAUAUUGAAUCCUCCACGCCUCCGAGCUCACUGAUGUGUCAACCUGGAGACCUAGCUCCACCCCCAAUUCACCGGCAUCUUAAACCUCGUUUGAGGAGAGGUGAGGGUUAACCUUCUGGAAUAAGAUAAAACUUAGGUAUUAUCAACUUAAGGAUCACACUUGACAUGUGAGGAACUUUGAUGUGUUUGGAUAUGUGGUCCCUUUCAAGUGGGUAAACAGACAUGCAGACUUGAAAGCCUGCUAAUACUGAGCCCUAAUAGACAUCCACUGCUGUGCUAAUGACUCAUAAUUUAAUACUCUGGGACAGACAGAGUGAUCUUUACCAUGCAUCACUUAUGAAAGCUGACCUUUCUCUUCCACAUUAAAGCACUGAAACCAAUCUAAUAAGUGUGUCCUUUAUCGGUUCACAGUUCGACCCCCACCUCUUGACUUGAGAGGCCUCUCCACAAUCACAGAAUGUCCCACUCACCUCCCUCUGAGCAGAGCCGUGACUGAAUCGUGGUGAGAAGAAAAACUGUCUUUUCAAAUAUAAUGUCUUACUUUAACAAAUUUAUGAUAAAGAAAAUCUUUCAUAAUUUUGAAAAAGGACUUUUUGAUAACAGCAAGUAAGGCCCAAUCCUUGUUUUUGACUAUAUCACUGUGAGCAAAGAGUUGUUUAAUAUUUUGACCUCAUUUGCGACUGACAUUUAAAACAUGAAUCCAAGUCAGAAUAAAAUGGAGCAUACUUUAUCUUAGCUUUGAGUUGUCUGUGCUUGAGCUGUUUGAGUUGUAUUCCAGUUUUUGUGUUUGUAAAACUUGUAUGUAUGAGUGGAUGACUUGAAAUAUUCUGUUCUUGUUUUUACAUUUUUAGCUUUUCAAUGAAGUCAUUACCUCUUGACAGAAGACUUGAAAAUGGGGAUCUGAGAGAUGAAAAUACAAACUGCACUGAAAUGGUAAAGCAUCCUUUUAUAUGAACAUGCACUUUUAUGUAGAAUAUAGACGCCUAUCAUUCAUUCUCUCAGUCAGAGCCUGAGAGAUGCGUGUGCCUUUUUCAGAAAUUUAGUGACCUAAUUUCACAAGGAAUGUUGUAUAAAUCUGACUUGACCAGCGUUACAUGGCUUAAGAAGCUGCUAGACUGGAUUCUUUCUCUCUGUUAAAGGUCUCUACAUUAUUGAUUAUCAUCAAUCUUCCUUAUCUUGUGGCUUGGAUCAAGAAAAGAACCAUGUUUCACACCAGAUAGAGAAAAAAAAAACAUCUCUCAACACAGGGCUAUCUGUGGGUGUAGAAAUCAUAAAUGUUAUCACGCAGCUAAAAAAUGUGGGAGUGAAAAGAGUUUCCAGAAUCUUCUGAUCAGCAGAUUGUUCUCAGGCGGGGGUCUUUCCAGUGAGUGUAUACAUCUGUAAUCCUGUAAUGUUGCUCAAGCUGAUUCCUAGAGGGUGCAUAAGUAAUUAAUUUCCCGGAAUGAAGUUUAAUAAAAGAUGUUAGUCAUAUCCUGUCCUCCCUGCAUGUUGACAGGCAGCGAGCAGAUACAUGUAGACAAAAGUAGCUUUUCAUGUUUUCCUGGUGGCCACAGUCUUUUUGGAUUCAUGGAAAACUGCAUGAAUGAAACUGAUAGUAAAAAACAGUCAAAGUUGACGUCCAAGGAAUGACAAGAAUUAAAUCAGUUAAACUGUGAGCAAUGAUUUCUCAGUUCAGUUGUUUUUUAUUUUCUGGUCCGACAGGAAUCAAGGAACCAGUUCUGUCUCACUUUCGAUGAAGCGGUUCAGCCAUGGGCAAGAAGAUCAAACCUUGACUAUUUGUCACUGGAUUUCAAUUCUGCAUCCCCCUCACCUGUGCAGAAGGUACGUUCAGAUCAGAUCAGAUCAGAUCAGUGACUUUGGCCUGUUUUGAUGUUUUUCACACUUUUGACAGAAUGUGUUUUACCGUUUUUUUUUUUUUUUACUCACACCACUUGGAUGCUGCAUUUCCCACGUUUCUAAGACCCUCUUUGGAGCAGCGAUAGAGUAAAGCAUUACACCUCUCUUUCUCUGUCUUGCAGAAGCCCUACCUGUCUGAUGAGCACAAGGUGGAUUAUGUGAAGGUAGACGAGAAGAAGACACAAGCACUGCAAAACACCAAAAUGGAGUGGACAGAUAACCGGCAGUCCAAAACAUGAAUGGAAAAAUACGCAAUGAAAAAAAAAAAUCAGGAACUUUUGGUUUGAGGUAGACCAAUACCAUGUACAGUAUAUGACACCAGCAUGGAAGAAAUAUACAAAGAGGACCAAAACUAUUUCAAAGCACUUUGAAAAACAGUUCAAAAUAGAAGCACAGAGGAAGUAAGCAGUUUUAUGUUUGUUUUCUGGGUGAAAACUCCUAAUUGCACUGUAAAAACUUAAUUUACUCUGAGGAGAUAUGAUCUAUACUGUAAAUAACACCAGACUGUGCACUGUAUCACAAUGAUUUUUACUGUAGCAUAAAGUUUCACCAAAUUUUGAAAAGGGCAUCGUAUUGUAUUGCAUUGCUUUGCUGUCUGUCUGACCUGCUAUCAAUGUAUGUAUGUAUGUAUGUAUGUAUGUACUGUAUGUAUGUAUGUAUGUAUGUAUGUUAAAGGAGCAAGGGAAAAAGAUUAAUUUUCUUUAGCAUCCCCACAUACACACUUAAACAGACGAAUAAACAAACACAUACACACACACACACACACACACAGACACACACACACACACACACACACACACACACACACAGUGUUUCAUAAAUGUAAUCAAUCAUGUCUGAGCUCUCUUUCUCAACCUCUUCAAUGUAACUACAAAGAAAGGAUUCUUUGCGACUACUCCUUUACUGCCUUUAAGCCAAAUAUUUAUGAGUCAAAUUUUAAUACAAGUACAUUUUUAUUCUCUGUUGUCGUGAAUGAUGGUUGGAAUUACACUCAAGCAAAUUUCCCUUUCCAAAACAAAACUGAUUUUCCUAUCAUUGUUCUCAAAUGCUUUAUUUAUUGUGUUUGUGUUAUUUAUUUUAUAACAGUAUGUCUUUUGAAUGCAUCUUCUCUGCUGGCAUGCUCUCAUGUUUCUGCUCCUAAGAUUGCAAAUAAAGUUUAUAUUUUAAAAUUUUUUAAACCUGAA